CGGCGGGCUGUCCGCCAUAUUGCAAUGUUGUGCGGCGUCCGAUCCUCUUGAACAGUCAAAAUUCCAAAGAAGUACUAGUUCUCCGUGCGCUGUUAUGUCGUCCUACGCGAAACCAUUCACGCACUAGCCGUCCGGCGCCCGAUGCCACACCAAAGCCGGUGUGCUGUGUGACGUCUUUAAAGUGCAAGGGCGACUUUUUUUACAACUUUUAGGAAAAAUUCCGCGAAUGGUCCGUGUGGCUCCGGUUCUCGCGCUUUCUCUGAGUGUGUAUUUAUGCGCUGAAUUGGCGUUUUACGCCUUGCAAGUGUCGUCGAGGUGCCGAGGGACUCUCUCUAAAGCCAGCCUGCUAGCCCUAACGUCCGUUUGGGGCGGCAAAGGCGGCUUGUGCGAACGAUCAGGGCAACAAGGGAAGCAGUUUGGCAGCAGCAGGGGCCACCAGAUGCCUUUGCCCAGCAGGUCACGUGUCUACACAGAUGUCAACUCCCACAGACCGAGGGACUAUUGGGACUAUGAGUCACAUGUUGUUGAAUGGGGAGUUCAAGACGACUACCAGCUUGUCCGCAAGCUUGGUCGAGGGAAGUACAGCGAGGUGUUUGAGGCUAUUAACAUCACUAACAACGAGAAGUGUGUAGUCAAAAUAUUAAAGCCUGUGAAGAAGAAAAAGAUUAAACGAGAGAUCAAGAUUCUGGAAAACCUUCGUGGUGGGCCAAACAUUGUCACAUUGCAAGCAGUAGUCAAAGACCUUGUUUCAAGGACACCUGCCCUGAUCUUUGAACAUGUCAACAACACUGACUUCAAGCAGCUCUACCAGACGCUGACAGACUACGACAUUCGCUACUAUUUGUACGAGCUGCUCAAGGCAUUGGACUACUCCCAUUCUAUGGGCAUCAUGCAUCGUGAUGUCAAGCCUCAUAAUGUGAUGAUUGACCAUGAAUGCAGACGUCUGCGCCUGAUAGACUGGGGUCUUGCUGAAUUCUACCACCCUGGCCAAGAGUACAAUGUUCGUGUUGCAUCCCGGUACUUCAAGGGUCCGGAGCUGUUGGUGGACUACCAGAUGUACGACUACUCCCUGGACAUGUGGAGUCUGGGCUGUAUGUUAGCCUCAAUGAUCUUCCGCAGAGAGCCUUUCUUUCAUGGUCACGACAACUACGACCAGUUGGUGCGCAUUGCCAAGGUGCUAGGCACUGAGGAACUUUUUGAAUACCUUGAAAAGUACCAGGCUGAGCUUGACCCGCGUUUCAAUGAUAUCCUUGGAAGGCAUUCACGUAAACGGUGGGAGCGCUUUGUGCAUAGUGAAAACCAGCAUUUGGUAACCCCAGAGGCCCUGGACUUCUUGGACAAACUUCUUCGCUAUGACCAUCAAGAGCGUCUAACUGCCAGAGAAGCCAUGGAACAUCCUUAUUUCUAUCCAGUUUCUAAGGAGCAACAACAAAAAUUCAUGGACCGUCGGACGGCUCACAGUGGGUCACCUCCUCCUGUGUCUGCAGGCGGUGCUCCUGUGGGCUCCAAUGCCCUUGGCAUGCUCCCCACGUCACCGGUCACGUCACCCAGCGUUGCUGCACUGGGCAGCACCACCUCGACAUAGGGGGUCAAGGGUCACUAGAGCAGAUGUGCCCCGGAAAGUGGGCGCCUGCCGCUGGGAAGGCGGAAGGGAGCACCCGGCAUGCCCUGCUGGCCGGCCAGCGCUUAUUCACCAGAUGGCUUCUUCCUUCCCCUCUUCCCACCACCCGUGUCAACAGACCAGUCCCCGCACGGACUGCAACCAGGAGCGGCCCCCUAACUGAAGAAAAAACAGUAGUCUGUCAGGACCAGGGUGUGGGCUAGGCACCAACGCUUUCCUCCUUUUUCUCUUUCAACUGCCUCCUCGCCACCCUUUGGUUUCACCCCGUUUUGCUGCUGCCCUGUAAAGCUGAACCUGCCAUCUGUCAUGCCCCUUUUGUGUCUCUUGUCUGCACAUGUGAUCGAUCUUCGUACAGAUUGGGGGAAAUCUAGCUGUUGCAAGCAGUGUGGAGAGUGUGCAACUAAAGUGUAGAUGCAGGACUCUUUUUUUUUUUUUUUUUGCCCCCCCCCCCUCCUCCCUGUUGAGCCCUUGUUCACACCUUUAUUUGCCUCUCUGCUUCCUUUUUGUGCGCAUGACUGUUAUGCAACAUUUGCAGCCUUGCUUGUGAGAUGCCUGCCUUUCCAUCUUAAUUUUAAUUUUCUGUGCAUUCACAGCUUGGCUGCAAAUGUGCAGUAGUUAAGACUGCCUUUUUUUUGCGUGGUGGCUUUUCUUUUCUGUUUAUUUCUCAUGAGACUUCAAGAAAAAGAAAAACCAAGUUUUCAUUCUGCCAUCUUGAAAUGCUUAGCUAUUCCAUGCUGCACAGUGGUUCACACUCGCGCGUGACUGAUUCUCCCAUGUACGCAUUUUGUUUUCCCCGCCCCCUGAAUGUUCGAUCCAUUUCAUUUUGGUGUGUGCUUUGAUUGCGACGUGCAUCUGCCAGCUGGUGUGUGUGAUAUUGGCUUCAUAUGGUGGGAAGAUGAAGCAAGCAACAUCAAAUAAACUCUACCUUCAUUUUUUCCCCCCUGGUCACGGGUUGUAGGUUUUAACAUUUCCCAUGUCUGAUUUAUUUUAUUUGCGUGUGUGUGUGUGUUACACAGGGGUUGCAAGUGUUGUGAAAUGCUUUGUGUGUAGGCAAAAUGUCUUCAAGAGCUAGGCCAGUUCCAAAGAGUUUCUUGAAAGUGCCGAUGAGCUCGAGCUUCUGCCUAUGCUUUUUCCCCCACAGCUAUGCAGAUGCCGUUGCAAAGUCAAUGGGCAGCUGACAAUUGUUCAGACUUUUCUAAAGGACCUUUGCGAUCGUGAUGUGGUUAUAAUUUGCAACAUGUGCAGAUGUUUGCGCUUGGCUCAUGAAAUUGUGAAAAAGGACUUUGGCACUGACAUGCUGAACAGGACGAUGUUGUCCCUCUUGUGGUAUGAUGAAUAGAGUUUAGAACUCUUGUGAAAUUGAGGACAUUCGUACCCCUGCAAGAGUCCUGUCUGGUUUGUACCUGCCUUUAUUAAAUUGCAGUUACGUAAUCUA